AUGGCCGGUGCGGAUUCUGAUCUGGAUCAGACAUUCGAAAUCAUCGAGCGAGAUGCAGUGCCAGCGCUUCCACCUCAACCAAACGAAUCUACCCAGAAACGCAUCGACGAGCUCCGAAAAUGGCUCCAACCAACAGACUUCCUCUCACCAGGGAAUGAGUUUAUGAAGCAUUUACACUCUUAUGUACCUGGCACCGGCAAAUGGAUACAUAAGUCGCCCGUGUUUCGUACUUGGGCUAGUUCUGAGCUCAAUUCCGGUGGUGACUCCUCAUGUCUCCACGUCCGGGGAGUCGCAGGCAGUGGAAAGUCUGUCUUUGCGGCCAGCACGAUACGACAACUGCAAGAGUCAGGUAAAAUCGUGCUAUUCUUCUUCUUUCGUCAAAUCGUCGACAAGAAUCACAGUGCCAAAUACCUUGUUCGUGAUUUUGCCACGCAACUGCUUCCCCAUUGCCCUGGCUUGGUACUCGCUUUGACGACUAUAUCAGAGGACCAUGCCAUCAACGACAACGAGAUCAAUAUGGUGUGGCCUGCCAUCGUCAAGGCCCUUACCGAAAGCAACGUCAAGAAUGUGUUCUGCGUUGUGGAUGCAUUGGAUGAGAUGGAUGACGGAGACUUUGAAGGCAUGGCACAAAGGCUUGUUGAGUUAAAUGCCACAGGAUCUGGGAGGGUCAGAAUUAUGAUGACGAGCAGGCCGCUACCCAAGAUCGAGGAAAGUUUCAACCGCGCCGAUAUAGUGAAACUGAAGUUGGACCCUGCUCUGCUAUUUCCCGAUGUGGCACGUUACGUUGACGCAAGGAUGGCCACGCUCGAUCCCCCAUUGAGCAACGAGAAGAAUGAGCUAGUGAAGCAGACUAUCUGUGAACGCGCCAACGGACUUUUCCUUCAUGCAAGGCUUGUCGCAGACAGUCUAGCCGACGGCCUCCUAGAUGGCCAUAUCACCGAAGAGACUUUGCCUGACAGCCUAGAUCGCCUUCCACGAACACUCAACGAUGUGUAUGAGAACAUGUUGAGGGAACACGCUCGUCGCAGCGGAGUUACCGCAGAGCAACAAGCCAAGGUCCUCAUGUGUGUGAUACAUGCGAGCCGACCGCUGCGACUGAUUGAGCUGGGGUCACUGCUUUCCAAUAUGCUACACUUCGAUCUCCGACGGGGAAAAGACUUGGUGAGACAGAGUUGUGGGAGAUUGUUGGAACUACUUGAAGACGAGAGCGUGAGUGUCAUCCACCACUCCUUCACAGAAUUCCUGCAUGACAAAAGCAGGAGAGACAGUGUGGAUGCAUUUCCUGUUCUUGAUGACGCAGCUUCGCAUGGAAUAAUGGCGGUGCUGAUUUUGGAAUACCUCAAUGGAUGCCCACCUUUCGAGGUUCAGCUCAAUAACGCCGAAGAGAUGAGAGACCGGAAUCGCUUACAACUCAGGGAAGACGAAAAGAAGAAAAAUCAGUUUCUCACUGAUUUACGCACCACACAUCCCCUUGUCUCCUACGCUGCGGAUAAUCUCACUUUUCACCUCGAGAAAUCGGCAAACGGGCCACUUGACCAUGUGCAAGAAGCAUUGACUCGAUACAUCGCCCCGAAAAGACCAGCCUUUGAAACGUGGAAACUCAUGAACCAGAGUACACCAGAUCAGUCUUCUACCGUCUUUCACUUCGCUACCACGGUAACACACGGCCAUGCCAUGCCGCUCUUUGUGGUCGAGCAUUUUGGGAAAACGGAGCCCACUCUCAUUGACACGCCGAAUUCCAGUGGCCGCACCGCUCUGUCUUACGCAGCCGAGCAUGGUCUUGAUGAUGCUGUUAGAUUUCUGCUCGCGAACGGUGCGGAUCCAAAGUCAGGCGGUUGCGACGGUCGAAUGCCACUGCACUGGGCAGCAUUGAGAGGGCGACCGGGCGCUGUACAACUCUUGCUAGAUGCUGGUGUUGACCCGCUGAUCAAGACACAUCCCGUUCUCGAGGGAUACGACGAUUAUGAGGAGGAAUUCAUAGAAUAUUCGGAGGAAGAGGUAGAACGUCGACGGGAGACCGCCCUAGCUUACGCGUUUAGGGGUGAUGACACGCAGGUCGUACAAGCCUUCAUGCCUUUUGUUCAGCCAACGGAAGUAAACCAGUGCUUCCACCGGGUCGACGACCUGGUGAACGUAGAGGCAGUUCUAAGCACAGGCAUGGUGGAUAUUGACUGCCUUCGCGACGGUGAAACGAAGCUGUUCAGGGCGGCCAAAAGUGGACAGUUGGAGCUGGUGAAAUUGCUACUCAAACACGGAGCAGAUGCGACCAAGCGAUCUGCCGAUACAGAGUCAUCAUAUUUUUACAACGGUGAGAUCCAGCUGAAAGUUGACAAUGACCAAGGGCCGACACCUCUUCACGGGAUCACCCACCCUUACCACAGAGAUUCCUUUUGGGAGGACGAUGCGAAAGCAGUGGAAGAAUGCAUUCAGGUGCUCAUCGCCGCCGGUGCAGAUGUGAAUGCCACCAUGGCGGGCGCUACUUCAUAUAAGGAGACGAACUUGACGCCUCUACAUCUAGCCGUGAAGAAGCCCGACUCGGUAAUGGGCUGCUCCUUAUGGGACGACAAGUCUGAUGAGAUGCUCACCAAGUUUCUUCUCGAAGCAGGGGCGGAUCCCAACGCCAAGGCAAGUUAUGGAAAUACGGCGAUGCAUCUCGCUAAUCCGCGGAAACCUUGUCUGUUCGAGAUGCUCGCUAAACACGGCGCAGAUGUCAAUGCUAAGAACCACAGGGGAAGAACACCUUUACUCGAAAUUAUUAACUGCAUUGGCCAUGACAGCCGAGACGAGCUAAAGCCGAACGUGGAUGUAUUCACCAAAUUGCUCGAUCUCGGAGCUGACGUACAUGCCACCGACGAUCACGGAAACAAUGUGUUCCACCACAUUAUGCAUAGCAUCAGGAUUUUGUCGGCGCCAACAUUUUCACCUUUCAUUAGGAAACUAGUCGAUGCUGGCGUGGACCUAAAUGCACGAAAUCAGCAGAAUCACCCGCCGCUCUGGAGUUAUAACAAGUGUGUCAUUUCCACAUAUCAAUUCGAUGUCACAAAGGAAGAAGAGGACAUGUUGCGGGUGUUGGUUGAUGCUGGCAUGGACCUCAAUGUGAGUGAUGACGAUGGCGAGACAAUUCUAUGGGGUGUUUGCAGGAAAUUCGUAUACAACACCCGGGUCAUGGAAAAGUUCAUCCGCAUGGGUGCUGACCCGACGAUACUCGCCAAAGAUGGCACUUCUCUGCUUCAAGUUGUAGCGAAAGCGCGAAGGCCAGAAGAAUGGUUCCGCUACCUGAUAUCAGUUGGGACAAACACGGAGGCGCUUGAUGUGGGCGGCGACACACUCAUCCAUUCGGUUGUUCGAUCACAUAGAGAGGGGCCAGAGCCUCUUGAAGUCGUACAAGUUCUUGUUGAGGCUGGUGCUGCACCGCUAGCUAAGAAUGCCAAGGGCCAAACAGUUUUGCAUGUGGUGAGGACCAUGGCAAUGUUGGAGUUUGUUCUCCAAAGCCCAAUUUUCAGGGGCCUUGAUAUCAACGCGCAGGACGUCGAUGGCUCUACACCAUUACACAGUGCUAUGGAUAUGUUUCUCCCAGAUCAAGCUGCAUGGAGUCUUCUUCGUGCCGGAGCCGAUCCGACAAUCCUCAUGACGGGUGAUUUGUCCGUGCUACAUAUCGCCUCUCGCGUUGGACACGCUUCCGCCGUCGGCCUCCUGCUGUCGGAGUAUAGAAAACUCGGUGUACUUGAGAAACACGUAAAUCUGCUGGGCGAGGGCAGAGCGCCAUUGCAUUAUGCGUGUCGAUCCGGGCGACCAGAGAGUGUCUGGCUCCUACUAUGCAGCGGCGGAGAUCCCCAAAUGUUGGAUGAUGAGGGCCUUACGCCCCUCCAUGCCCUGGUCGAGUUCAAGGCCACAGGGAUUGCAUGGUCUACUGAACUGACCCAUAUGGACGAUAUUGUGGCAAUUUUGCAGCAUGAUGGUGUCAAUUUAAACGCUGAGGCAGUCAUAGAAGCAGACGGGGGGACCAAAACGGUCACUGCUCUUGAUUUGGCAGUAGAGAAGAAAUGUUGGGAGUUGGCACGCGCGCUGGUUACCCGCGGUGCUGAGGCUCACAAUAGCUACAAACAAUCUCUGGAGUUCAUAUCAGCUAUAGACAAGGGCAAAGCCGCCGAGCGGGCUCGUAUUGCAACAGCUGCGGCACCACUGUACGAAGACAUCGAAGACUGGGAUAAGCAUCUUCGGUGGCGAGGACGAUGGUCAGCUCCCCAAGGGGCUGAUCCUCCGCAUUCAAAAGUAAGAUGGUACAUAUCCGGUGGCCAGGCCAUAUUCGAUGCACCGGCUAAGGACCCAGAAGAACUUGACCAACUGGACCUUUUGAAAUAUGCUCUUCAUGACGGGGAUUCCGAUAGCAUCAAAGAGUUUGCACUUCUUGGAGGAGACAUCAUCAGACUAGACGAAACUGGUAAGGAUAUCAUCAAUACCCUGCUGCAUUUACUCGUCGAAGGAGGCUACACAGAUCUCUUGGAGUACUUUUCCGACAAAGUGCCCAUAUUUGAAGCCCAGCCCUGGGUUCAGACAAACGAACAAGGCUGCGGGACUCUUCUCGGUAUAGCAUGCAUGCGUCAGCCCCCGUCCCUGAACAUUCUACAAUUGCUUGUGGACAAGAUUGGUCUUGAUGUAAAUGCCGUCUUCAACCGCCAGGGAUGCCCCCCCAAGCUACGAGGCUGCACCGCAAUACACAUUCUUGCGAGCGGGGAAUCUUUCUGGCAGAUUGAAGCGCUCGAAUACCUCCUCUCAAGAGGAGCAAAUAUUGAGGCUCGAAACAAACAGGGCCUGACACCACUUUUGGCGGCUCUAGACCAUGGACACCCAAAAGGUUUCUGGCGAGAAGAGACAAUACGCCUGCUAGUGAAGCAUGGAGCCGAUGUUAAUGCAACUGCUUGGAAAUAUGAGAAUACUUUAACUUCGGGGAUAAAUAGCCGGAUGAGCCGCCACUCAGCGCUGGAGAUGUCGGAUCAAGCGGGGAUCACGAAACUUUUGCUUGAGAACGGAGUGGACGUUCGCAGUGUACCGGACUUGAUCGCUCGUACGGUGAAGAAAUGGAUGGAUCCAGGGUCUGUGAAGUUGUUGUUGGAAGCUGGACUGGAUCCAAACGAACUACCACAAGCGGAAAUAUACGACGAGGUCGAUGACGAGGAUGAGGAUGAAGAAGAGGAAAUCGUCCUUUAUGCGCUCCACGAGACGUGUCGGCCUUCAACUAUCACUAAUCCACCUGCCGAUUUUGAGCUUCGAAAGCAAGCAAUGUUGGACCUGUUGCUGUCUCAUGGUGCUGAUCCGUUGGCGAGAUAUACAGACGGAAAGUCUGUGAUCCAAUGUAUCGUGGAGGAGCAAGGUCAAAUAGGUGGCCUGCUACCACGUCUCUCAAAAUCGGAUAUGAAUCUCAAAGGGCACCAUGGGCGUACCCUUCUGACAUCAGCUUGCAUCCCAACCAUCCCGAUCACAACGGAGGCAUAUCGCAGGAAUCGCACUCCGCCGACGAUCGACCCAAGUUCUGUCCUCGCGCUGCUGGAGCACGGAGCGGAUACUGUCGCAGUCGACGACGAUGGCCGUACGCCGUUGCACUGGCUCUGUACACUGCCAGGAAACUUUGAUGAGAUGCAACGACGAGUUCUAAUCGCACUGAUCGAACAGGGUCCAGCAGCAAUCAACAUGGCAGACAAACAGGGUCGUAAGCCGCUCCAUAUCGCACUACUAGCGUAUUCAGAACGCUCCCAAAAUUCCUUAUUCGCAAUUCAACAUCUCAUAGAGACAGGUUCAAACGUAGCAGAACCCGACCCAAUAACAGGAAACUCGACACUACACCAAAUCGCACCACGUCUGGGAGGUCAUGCUAAAAGGGCUACGGAAGCUGCCUCAUUUUUCCGUGAGCUCUCCGAUAAGCUUGAUAUAAACGCCCGCAACAAUCUGAACCAAACUCCUGUCAUGACCUUUGUAGGCGUCGGAUGGGAAGGCACGCGUGACCCAACAAACAACAUUGGACAUCCGACAUAUGCCAUUGCGCAUGAUGUGACACACGCAUCGGCCCUGGAUGUCUUUGUCGAUCUAGGUGCCGACUUGACGUUAGUAGAUGCACGAGAUCAGACCCUACUCCACGUUGCGGCAAGGCGUCCCCUGCCGGAUAGUAGCUCAGACUGGGACCAGAGAGAUGAUCUUGAGGGGACGUUUAAGAAACUGAUGGACCUUGGGGUUGACCCGCGAAGGGAAGACGCUGAGCUGAGGACAGCUAUUGAUGUUGCUGUCGCGAGGAAUCUGCAUGGGAUUAUUAAUUUGUUUAGAAAGAGGGGAGAAGACAAGGGAGAUGAUGAGGGAAGCAAUGGGGACGGCGAUGAUGAUGAGUAA